AUGAGACGACGAUCAGACACAAUUGAACCACAAACAAUGGUAAAUACAAUAGAAAAACUUCGUCUCUUACGUGAAAAAUAUUCCAAAACGAUCGAAUUCUAUCUUCGUACUUGUGUCGAACAACAUCGAGGUGAAUGUAUUCCUGGUCUCACUGGUCAAAUUGUUGCCAAAGUUGCCAAUAUUUUCUAUCAAAUCUCUGAUGAUGAACAAAUGAUAUUAGAACGUAAAUGGCAAUCAUAUAAACUUCCUCUCACACGUACAUUUAUCCAAUUUAAAGCGGAUAAAUCGACAUCAUUCGAAAGAAAUGAGUCGCGACAAUUGUGUAUGGAAGAUGAAGAUAAUAUGUUACAGAAUGUACACAGUCGAAAAAAACCAUCGAAAGCAAUAUGGGAACGAUUAGUGUCAGAUCCCUACAUGAUGUCAAUAGGUCAAAUAAAUCACUGUUCGCAAGAAGAUAAUAUUUCUGAGAAAGAUAUUAUGCGAACUAAACGUUGGAUUGCUAUUGUGGGUGAUCCAGGAAGUGGAAAAACAAGUUUUGUUCGAUGGCUUGUUCAUUAUCUUGCUCAAAUUCUUCUUCUUAAUGAACAACAUUCAGUUGAUUAUGGUCCUCUUCGUAUACCAAUUCUAAUUCGUAUUAGUGAAUUUGCCGAAAUAUUGAAAGAACAACCAUCAAUAACUUUAUUUGAUUAUAUUGGAAAACAUAAAUGGAUGGAAGAGUCAAUUAUUGAUGAUUCAUCAAUCUCUUCUGAUAAUUUAUUAUAUGCUCUUCAAGAUUACAUUCAACAAGGUCAAGCUCUAAUCAUACUUGAUGGACUUGAUGAAAUUUCUGUUUCAGAUCAACGCUUAAAAAUCAUUAAUACUAUUGAAAACUUUGUAAAUACUUAUGUUCAGACACCUACAAAUAUUUCUGCCUUCGACAAUGCAUAUUUAAACAAGUUGCUGGAUGAUCCAUCUCGAUUUGGAGGUAAUCAAUUGAUAGUUACAAGUCGUGUAGGCAGUUAUCAUGCUGUUUCAUUACCGGGACAAUUUUCUCACUAUACAAUUCAACCUAUGGAUACGAAAUAUAUAACAGAUUUUCUUGAUUAUUGGUUUUUUUGUGUGCAUCAACAUAUAAUUGACAUGUUAAAUCUUCCAUUAGUUAAUCAAGCAGAAAAUCAUAGUGCAGCACUGAAAAAAGAAUUAGAAACAACAAGAAAUGCUGGUCUUCUUGAAAUGGCUUCGAAUUCUGCUUUAUUAUCAUGUAUUUGUACUGUAUGUUUUAGUCAAUUAGAUGGUCCACCAUUACAUACUCAACGUUUUCUUCAAUAUGAAUCAAUUGUCAAAGAAGUGUUGAAUUUUUGGCAUAUUAAAGUACCGACUAUAGAUCAAUCACAAGUUAUUCAAAUUUUGAGUGAUAUCGCUUUUUAUAUCCAUCAAAAUUCAGCAUCGAAUUUUAUUAACAAUGAACAAAUAAAAGAAGCUUCUACUCAAAAGACUAAAAUUUUCAUAAGUAAAACAUUAGUAACAACAGACGAUAUCAAUGGCAUUGACAGACAAGCAUCUGAAAUGGCACGAAUCAUUUGUGAUGAUAUUGGUAUUUUAGUUUCACGACCCGGAUCACUCUAUGGUUUUCUUCGUCAAGCAUUUCAAGAAUAUUUUACUUGUUUGAAACUCAUCGAGACACAUACGCCAAUCAAACAGAAGAGAUGCAUUACUGAUGUAUUCGAUCGAGACAACCAAAUUCAACUUACCGCUCAAGUGAUGUCUCGUCACGUAACUGAUCUAAGGUUUCGUGUACCAAUUACACUGGCUUUAGGGAAAAUUAGUUCAUCUUGGUCCCAAAACGAUUUUGAUGAUCUUUGCUACGAGUUUAUACAAGCUCAAUAUGAAUAUGACUGUUUUUUACCACUUGGUGCUUAUAUAUUAAUUACAUGUGUCGAUGAAUUUGUUAAUUAUCCUUCGAAUGACAUCCUGUUCGAUGCUUUAGAUCGUUUAAUAAUUGCAGCUGGUCAACAUAAAUGGUGGAUUGUUUGUCCGUUUUUACUCGAUCAAAUUAUAAACGUCCUAAGAAAAUUUCGACAGGAUAUUGUUUCAUUAUGGAUUAAUAAAUUCUUAUCUGAAUCGUCUCGAUAUGAUAUUCAAACCAUAACAGCUCUUUGCAAACUUCUCGAAGGAAGACCUCAUGAAUUUGAAAAUAUUCAAUGGUUAGAUCAAACAUCUUGUUCAAUGCUUCAAUCUUUAUUAACUCUUGAUAACGGAAAUAGUGAAUUUGCUAUUGAUCGAUUAUUAGUUAAAAUUGCUUUCUCAAAUCAUCAGUUAUUAUCUUCGAACCCAACUACUUUCAAAAGUUUUUUACUUGAUAAUGCUAUUGAAAUAAAUUCAAUUCCUAUGAUUCUUUUUCCAUUAAUCAUUGCUUUAUAUGGUGGUUUAACACGAGAUGAUCAAAUUGUUGUCUUCAAUCCAUCUCAUAUUCAUCGGGAAUCAUCUGCAUUGACACCGAUGUUAAUAGAUUUUCUUUCUGAAAAUGGUCGCAAUAAACAAGAUCAAAAUUUUAAAAAUUUAAAACAAAAAUGUAUAAAAUCUUUUGUCAUGCGAAUGAAAAAUCAUGACGAAUCCUGGGAAGCGGUUGAUUUGUGUAUUGCAACUAUCUGCUUAUAUAAUAUUGAAUAUUUACAAGAUAAUUUAGAUAUUAUCCCCAAUUCUUUUUUACGCAUUUGUACGAAUAGAUUAAAAUAUAUUUCAAUGAUUUUACGUCAAUUCUAUUUUACUGCUGACAAGAAAGAUCUAUCGAUGGAAAAUGAAGCAACAAAAUUUAUUGCAAAUUGUAUCGAAAAAUUUCGAUAUUUUGAAUCAGCAAGAAUUAAUUUUCUCGAUAUGUUAGAUUCACUAGGAAGUAAUGUAGCUCGCAUACGAUCUUCUUCGACAUCAAUUUUGUUGGAAGGAAUAUCAAGACCUUAUAGACGAGUAACAUUACGUUUGCCUGAUUCUCUUCAAAAAGAGGAUCAGUUUCUUAAUGGUCUCCUAACAAUAGAUAUGCAAUUUUAUUUCAAUCGAAAAUCUUGCUCAUUAAUUCAUCGUUUUAUCAAACUUUUCUGGCCAUUAGAACACAAUGAUGAGUUUGAGACACAAUACAGAAUGGCAGUUGCUAUGGAUAACAUACCAGAAUAUUUACUGUUUCGUCAUGAUGAAGAUAUUUUAUUUCCAUUAAUAUUUGUUCCUUCACAUCUACAAAAUCUCUAUAUUCGAUUAUUGAAAAGAAAAUUUAUUACGAUCAAUCCAAAAGAUUCCAUAGGCAAUAACGAACCUCAUCUUUAUUACGGUCACAUUCUAACUGAAUGCUUAAUAUUUUUAUCCAAUGAAUCAUGCAAGAGACUUUCUAUUCUAACCGCCUUGAUUACUUUGCUACCGUGGCUUCGAAUGCAUCAAUUAGAAAACUUUGGAAGUAGUCUUUUAUGGGGAUUAGCUCUAAAAUAUUCCGAUGCUUUGGAUGCUUUUGAGACAAAAAGAAAACGUUCCAUGAAUCAUGAAACUGGUCAGUAUACGGAUAUAGAUAAAGAUUUUUUUAAAGGAUCUGAUCUAACGUAUGAAGAACGAAGCACAAUAAUUCGAGAUAAUAUUGAACAAGAACAUGAAAGGCUUCAAAAUACUUCAAUCGAAAAUGAGAACAGAGAUAUAAAACUUUAUUCUGCAUCUAUCUCUUUAGCAUAUAUUUGUCGUUGGACAGAAGAAUCAAGAAAAUUAUCUUUAUUAGAACAGAGUAUAAAUGGUGUCAUGUCAAUUCAGAACAAACUUGCUCGGCUUGAUGCAUUAUGUAUGAUUGGUUUUUACUCAUAUUCCGACUAUGAUCGAAUUCUAGUAGGUAGAGAUAGAUCUUUAAAAAUGGAAAUUGAAUAUCAAUUCAAUGAAAUUUAUCCAAAUUCACCUCUUCUAUUGCAAACAGCUAUUUUCAUUCGAUGUUUACCUCUACUUCAACAUUCACGAACUAUUGAUGAUUGUCUUCAAAAUCUCAUUAGUAAAUUUGAUGAUACAGAUCAACGAGAUCAAAAAGCAGUUGUUAAAGCCUUGUUACCAUACAUGCAAUUGAAUUGCGCUUUUUCAUCGAUUAUGAAUCGUUUCUCAUGUAAUUUACAAGACCAGAAUAGAACAAUACACAAUAAAUCUUUGGCUUUGAAUUCAUAUUUUAAUAUUGGCGGACAUGAAAAUUUAUCAUUCUCAUUACUCAUUUCGAAUUUGUAUCUUGUGCAAUUAGCCAAUAAUUUCCAUACAAUUAUUAAAACGGAUAAUCGUCAAUUUAGCAUCGAUGAAUCUAUUGAAACAAAACUCUUUCAAUUUGAAAGUAGUAUCUUGACAGCAGAACAAGCGUUAACAAUAACUAAUAUUCUUUCCUUCACUUCGUUAACAAAUCGAUAUAAUCAGUACGAGAAGCUUUGUAUUAUCUUAAGUAAUGCUCUUCAUCGUAUUCAUUGGGUAGAAUUAAAAUCUUGUCGUUUGUUAGAAUCUUGGCUGAAAUGGAAAGAAUCAAAUGAAUUAUCUUGUUUUGCCUAUCAUGCUGCACUUCUUCUAAUUAAUUCUGACAUAUGGUCUGUCGACGCCCUAGCAAUCGUAUGUGAUCUUCUAUCUAGUGACAAUGAUCGUUUUCGUCAGAGAGCUGAAAUAUUGGUACGAUCAACAAAUGAACAUGAUGUUCGAACUAGUUCAAAAUUGAGUAUUGACGUUAUAUUAACUUUACUUAAGAAAAAAGUUCAUUAUCAAUUAACUUCAGCAUCUGCCAAGCUCACAUUGGGUCAUUUACUCAAAAAUAUAAAUAUAGACGUUCAAUCUCAUCUAGAAACAUUACUUUGGCUAGAAAGAUACAGAAUACAUGCAUUGACCAAUAAGCAAUAUUCCUUUAACGAUUUAAGAUCAUCGAAAAAUUCUUAUGUAACUUCAUUUUUUUCAACUGAUAUAGCGAUAGAUGCUGGUCCUUAUGCUAAUUUGUUUCGACUGUCUCGUGAUUUGAUAACAUAUAUGUGUGAUAUGAUUGCAUCAAAUUUUUCUUUAUUUCGGGAGAUCGAUGGAGAUACAACAUCAAAUGCAGUGUCGGAAAGCCAUACUCAAUUUGUUGUUUCAGUACUGAUGAGCUUACACAAACUACUGAAUAACACUGAGGAAACACGACAACUAGCAAUCACUGCUCUAAUGAACUUAUUCGAAAUAUCCUACAACAAUAAAAUUCGUCAAGCAGCAGCAUGUGCUCUUGGCUAUGUAUGUAAUGGAAAAACAUAUAAAAGCUUGUUUGAAAAAAUUAUAUUAGUAGUGAAUAGCUUAUGUUAUGAGACUACUACUUAUUGUAAUAAUGUUUUGUGUGCACUAAUGACAAGUUAUUUCUAUUGUAUAUCUAUAAACAAAAUCGCAUUUGAUCAAGAUGAUUUGGAUUCAUUUUCUACUUUAUUAAAACAUGACUCACAGGAUAUUGUGAAAGCUGUUCGUGUAGGAUUGGCUCGUGGUCUCAAAGAUUCCUUAUUUCUAAUUAGAUUUCUCGAUUGUGAUUAUAUUCAGUGUUACUAUGCAUUGAUCGGAUCAACAGCAUCUUGGUAUAUUGAUGAAGUUCAGCAAAAUAGUGAAAAUAAUGUCGCAAAGUUUAUCGAAGAACAUCCAACUCUUUUACCAAUUUUUAUGGUUGAAUUGUACGAUAGUAUUCGUCAUUUUUCCACUAAAAUACUACAGAUUGGGUUCAAUAAUUACGAUUUAGCUUACGGAUAUCCUACGCAUGUAAGGAUUGCUUGUCUAAUCGCUGUACAUAUACCGAAAGUAUUUUGUGCUUUCAUCAAAGAUUGGCCCGAUGGAGACAAUUUUAAACGGGCAUUGUUUUAUACGAGUAAACAAAAUCAUUUUCCACAACGCGCUGCUUGCUUAACAAUUCUAUCGCUGCUGGGUGAAUUAACAAUCGACUUAUGUCAAAUGUUCAUUGAAGCUGUAUGCGAUGAUCCAUAUAUUCAAAAUAAUUGUUAUAAAUCUAUAAGAUUUAUUCAUUCUGUUAAAGAUGAGAUAAUCGUUUUAAACCUUUUAUUAUCAUAUUUGAAGUCAAAAUCCAUGACUAUUCGAUAUGUUACAGCUAAAAUACUUCUUCAUCUUUCUCAAUCAUCUCUUAUCCCAUUUCAACAAGUUCAAACUGUGUUGACUGAUCUUAUGUUAGAUGCUGACUCAAAUGAAGAUUUAUGGUUAAUUGAAGAGAAAGAUGGUUUCUCUUUAGAGUAUCAAUAUUACUAUGCUGGUCCAUUGAAACAUGUUAUUUAUUCACUUCUAGUUCAACAUGUCACUGAACAUAAGAGUGAAAAUGUUCGAAGAAAUAGAUUCAAUGAUAUUGAUUCGGAUUUCAUUGAAUCUGAAAAAGCAUCCCAUUUCGCUUCAUGUGUCUAUGAGAAAAAAUCUCAAGACAUCCCAGAAUAA